AUGUCGUGGUUAUUCGGAAAAUCAAACACUCAAACUUCAGAUGACUCUGCCUCCAUCAAACAAACGUUAGGAUUUGAUCCUAAAGAAGUUGCUGAUGUUAAUACAAUCAUACAAACACCUGGUGUAUUUAAUUCUGCUCAAUUACAUCCUUUAGCUGGAUUAGAAAAGGGUGUUGAAUAUUUAGAUUUAGAAGAAGAGAAAUUAAAUACAGUCGAAGGCUCUCAUGGUAUCAUCCCAAGUAGAUCAUGGACUGAUGAUUUAUGUUAUGGGACUGGUGCGGUUUAUUUAUUAGGAUUAGGUUUUGGUGGUGCAUAUGGUUUUCAAGAAGGUAUUAAAAAUAUUCCUGAAGGUGCAACAGCAAAAUUAAGAUUGAAUACAAUUUUAAAUCAUAUCACCAAAAGAGGUCCAUUCUUGGGUAAUUCUGCCGGGGUAUUGGCCAUGUCUUAUAAUAUAAUCGAUUCAACUAUUGAUGCAGUUAGAGAAAAACAUGAUGAUCUUAACUCAGUUGCAGCUGGUGCCAUUGCUGGUGCCAUCUUUAAAAGUAGUGCUGGAGCUAAACCUAUGAUUUAUGCCUCUGUUAUGAUGGCAGGUGGUGCUGGUAUCUGGUGUGGUAUUAAACGUUUCUUACAACAAGAACAUCCAGAAAUAUUGAGUUAA